UGGGCUGUGUCAAGCGGCGGCCACCAACGUGGAGGGCGGAAGGCGCUGCUGCUGCUCUUGCCGCGUGAGCGGAGGCUGUGGCCAGGCCGGCGGCGGUUGCGGCGGGAGGAAGGCCGGAGAAGGGCCGGGCGCGGCGGGGAGGAGGAGGCCCUGAGGGAAGCGGACAGCCAGCCAGAACCGGUUUGAACCGGAGGAGGAGCCGCCGCCGCCGCCAUGGCUGAGACUGAGGAGCGGAGCUUGGACGACUUCUUCGCCAAGAGGGACAAGAAGAAGCGGAAAGAGAAGAGCGCGCGCGGAGGGGGAAGCAGCGCCUCCAAUGCUGCGGCUUCCGGGGCUGGUUCGGGGAGCGUCGCCGCCGCCUCGUCGGGCUCUUCCCACGCGGGCGGAGGAGCCGGGGGGAGCCGGCAGGGCGAAGGCGGGGCCGGCGGGGCGCCCAACGCGAACGCCGCCUCGUCUGGAGGGGCCUCCGGGUCCGGCGCCGCCUCGAGGGCCGCGCACAAGGAGGAGGAUGACUGGAAGGAAUUUGAGCAGGAAGAAACAAUUGAUUACAGUGGCCUCAGAGUUCAAUCCAUGCAAAUUAGUGAAAAAGAUGACGAAGAAAGUGAAAAAAGAGAUGAACCCCGAGAUAAUAGUGAAGAACCAGGUGGGGGUUCAGACAAGUCAUCAGGUCCUUGGAAUAGAUCUGCUCCAACACAGAUACCUGUUGCUGAACCUGUUGAAAGCCCAGAGCCCGUGCAGUCCAGUGGGGUAUACAGGCCACCCGGUGCAAGAGAAACCAGGACACGGAAAGUGCCACAAGGACCCCCUGAAAUAUAUAGUGACACACAGUUUCCAUCAUUGCAAUCCACUGCCAAGCAUGUAGAUACUAGAAAGGAUAAAGAAAUGGAGAAGAGCUUUGAAGUAGUAAAACACAAAAAUAGAGGUAGGGAUGAGGUUUCAAAAACCCAGGCAACUAAACUCCAGCUAGACAACCAAUAUGCUGUGCUUGGGAAUCAUUAAAGCUGCACACACAUUACAAUUAAGGAAUGGUUAUUUGAUACUGUUCCAGUCUUAAGGUAAUUAACCUGCAUCUGUUAUGAACAUGCCGUCUUAUUUCUGCUGGAUCUACUGCAACGAGUGCAGACUACUUUGACGUAAGUGAUUGGCGCUUAAUUUGGUACUCCUGACUUUCACCUUUGGAUAUGAGGGAAUUAAAUGUAAGUGGUCAAACAAAGAGUCCCCAGUGUUUUGAUUGCUGUACAGCCAGUGGUUAUUUCAAAUUUCUUUAUGUUCAGAUAUUGAGCCUUCGUAAGGGUUGACUACCUCAGACUUGCUGCACUCAUUGUGGACACCAUGUGGAUCACAACUUCUGGAAAAGGUUACAACUCUUUAAGUGGCCACCUGAAAUGUGAAACCAGCUCUACUGGAUUCCUCUCAGACAUCUGCAGAAGUCGGCCAUCUGGGUUCAGAUUUACGAUAAAUGACAAAUUUAAGUGACCUUAAAUGAGCAAUUUGUCUUGUGCCCCCAUUUAUUGCAUCCUUUCAUAUGUAGCCAUAAGUUACUAGGAACCUCUAGUGUAUGCCACUUUCAAAAAAAUAUGCAGUGUAGUGUUGCUGUAGUUGACUAGAUUCAGUUUAGGUUCUCAGAAAAUACAUACACAUCCUGAUAGAAAAUAUAGGGAUGCUUGUCUGUGUAUAUCAACCGGUUUCACUUAUGUUUCAUUUUUUAAAAAUGCCUCUCUUAGCUUGAGAAAGUGCAGUAUAGUUAAGUAGCAGCGUGGACUAUGCAGGCUAUGCAUACUUUUCUUUUUCUUUACUGGGUUUCAAGUGACUGCGAUAUGUGUAGGUUUGCAUUCAGUGGCAAAUAAAUGUUUGUGCUCCACUGGAAUCUGGAGUGUAUUCUUGAAAAAAAUCCAUGCAGUAUACUUAGCCUUAAUAUUGUUUUAUGGCAAGUAUCAGCUGUUGGUCGCACACACUAUUGUAUUUGCAGGAUGGAUGUAAUGUCUAGUGAAAAAUAUGUUGUGGGUUCUCACUAGUUGAAAUUUGGAACUGUUCUGAGAAUAAGGUGUUGUGCUUGAUGGCAUUUUCCUUCUGCCUCCCCAAGAUUGAGGGACAACUUCAGAUAUGUCCGUCUUUCACCAGCUACAUGAUCCUUUGUUUGCUAAGAUUUGUCCUAUAUUGUACUGUGUGAUAUUGACAAUGGAUAAUAUUAAAUCUAACAAAAUCCCAAGUGGCUCUUGACAUAUAUAGAAGGCAACUGUAUCUGUUUUAUUCUGCUCCUCUGAAUUGUCCUUUAGCCGGUAAUGUUCAGUAUCAGAGAGAGUCCAGCUACUUUCUGGAGUCUUGAGCAAAAAUUCAGACAUCAUAAAAGUUGCUUUGUUGUGUUCUUAAAGAUGCACAAUUGACUGGUUGUGAUAAGAAAUCAUUGACUUAAUGAAGAGCAAAGCUCCCUUCAUCUCAAUAUGGCAUUGGGUUUAUCCAUGAAGAGUUCCUUUGAGAGAGAAAAAAAUUGCUAAAUAGUUGCCUUUGUAUAGAGAUGUAAAGUCAGGUCACUGGAUGCCCAGAAGUAAACCUACAGGUAACACCAUUAACUUGUGUAUCAUUCCUGAAACUCUCUCUUGCCAACAAAAUAUUUACGGGGUCUUAAAGCUAAAGAGCAAUGAUUAUGUGGGAUUGCAUAUCACUUUGAAGACAUUGCAUAAACUGGUAGUUUUAAUCCCCUGCUAUGGCAAUUUAUUAAGGAUGUUGCACAGGAAUCAAGUUUUUAUAUACUGAAUGAGAGGGGAAGAACUUGUAUCAUCUCUCAGGCAUAGUUGGCAGAGCAAGUUAAAAUUGUAACAUUAAUAAAUGCAAUUUCAAAAGUA